UCGAGUUGUUUGAGUUCUGAGGCUGUUGAAAGUUGCCAAAGAAACCACUGCUCUGCAGUCAUAAUAGGACUCUGUGGGAUGAGGAUAAAAAAACAGAUUUGAAAGAGGCAUACUGAGAUUCUCUUCUGUUGCUUGCCUGGUGCUGGAGGAGAUGAAUGUGAACUGCAUCACCCAAGACUAAAACUGAACGGGACUGCUUAAAACGUAGUAAUAUGGGCAGCCUUCAGUUGGAUGAUUUUGUAGCUGGAUGGGUAGGAGGAGCUGCAGGUGUAAUUGUGGGACAUCCUUUGGACACAGUAAAAACUCGCUUACAAGCUGGGCAGGGUUAUGGAAGCACAUUUAACUGUGUCCGCACUGUAUACAAAAAUGAAGCUGUUGCUGGGUUUUUUAAGGGAAUGUCUUUCCCACUAAUCAGCAUUGCUGUCUAUAAUGCAGUGGUAUUUGGUGUCUUCAGCAGUACCCAAAGGUUCAUUUGCCAACAUCGCUAUGGGAAAUCUAACCAUCCUCCUGUACUCAUAGAUUUAACUUUAGCAAGCAUGGCAACUGGGGCUUUCUCAGUAGGAAUUGGUAGCCCAGUUGAGCUAGUAAAAAUAAGGCUGCAGAUGCAGACACAAACUUUACUUACAGCCAACCUGGAAAUGAAGUACAGGGCAACUGGUGUAUCAGUACAGAAUGCCUACCGAGGUCCAAUUCACUGUGUUGCCACAAUUCUUCAGCAGGAAGGUUUGGCAGGACUCUAUCGAGGUUCGACUGCCAUGUUUCUGAGGGAUGUUCCAGGAUAUUGCCUCUACUUUAUCCCUUACGCAUUUGUUUCCGUGUGGAUCACUCCAGAGGAAUGUCUUUCUCCCACUCCCUUUUCAGUGUGGAUGGCUGGUGGGAUUGCAGGAAUCAUAUCUUGGGGAACAGCAACUCCUAUGGAUGUUGUGAAAAGUCGUCUCCAAGCAGAUGGGGUUUAUUUAAACAAAUACAAAGGAGUUAUUGACUGUAUCUGUCAAAGUUACCACAGUGAAGGUCUAAAAGUCUUUUUCAGAGGUCUUACAGUGAAUACACUGCGAGGAUUCCCUGUAUCUGCUGCCACAUUCCUUGGAUAUGAACUUUCACUCAAAGCCCUAAGAAAAGAAGCAGAGACAAAUCCUUGAAUUCCAGGUGAAGCUUUGUGAUGAUAUUCCAUGGACUGAUGUUUCUUUUCUGGGUCAUAAUGAUGAGCCCAUGUUUUGUUGGCUGUCGUGAUGCUGUGAAGAAAUUUCUCAGCUUCAUUCUCGUAAACACUGCUAGCAAAUUUCAACUCUUGAAGCUUUCAACUCUGUCAUCAGCAUGCAAGGAACCCAUCUUGCACGAACCUUCCAAUACUGAAGAAUAUCUAUAACGUGACCCAUACAUUAUUCCUGUGAAAUUCCAAAUUUGAUAGCAAUUUCCCUUUGAAUGGUCCACCAAGUGUCCUUAAUCAGUAUGUAAAACAUUGUCAUGUAAAACUUACUUGUUGCUAUCACAGGUUAUCCAUUUCAUUCUUGAUCACACAAAUCAAGUCUUCCUGGUUCACCAUCUUUAUAUUUUUUGGCCCAGCAAGGCAUGUCAACAGAGUCAUCACCAUAAACAACUUGUGUUCAGCAGUGAAUUUCAAGUGGAGGGACUCCUUCGGCAGUCAAAAAUGCAACCAUUGUUGUUGCUUAAAGCAUACUGACGAGUACUCAGCUGCAGGUUUCCAUUUCAUGAGCUGUUGCAACAUAAUCUUUUCUCACAGCAACUUCCCACCAACUGAAGAAAAAGAACAGAUGCUGAAGAACCCACCAGAACUUCUAGUA